GGAUCGAGGGAUUGAAGGAUGUCCCGUGUUCCCUUGGGAAAAGUCCUCCUGAGGAAUGUCAUCCGGCGCACAGAUGCUCACAAUAAGAUUCAGGAGGAAUCAGAUAUGUGGAAAAUAAGAGAACUAGAGAAACAGAUGGGAGAUGCUUACCGGGGGAACAAAAGGAAAAUGCUACCCAGCAGUUCAAGCCGGAUGCGUAGUGAUGGCUUUGAUGAAGAAGGUCAGAGAGAGUACUGGAAGCCAAAGAAUGAAGUUUCUGGGACACUGGAGGACGAUUUUCUUAAGGCUAAAUCCCGGAACAAGAAGUUAUAUGAUUAUGAAGCUAACGUGCCAGACAGAUGGGGUCACAGUGGUUAUAAAGAGUUGUACCCUGAAGAAUUUGAAACAGACAGUGGUCAUCAAGAUAUUACCAAUGGGAAAAAAGCUUCUCCCCAAGUAAAGUCAUCAACUCACUAAUCUCACAAACACAAGAAGAAGAAAUCGCACAAAAAGAAGCAGAAAAAACGGUCACACACACACACACAAAAAAAAAAAAAAAAACGGAAGAAAAGCAAAAAGGAAGCCACAGAUGUAACAGCAGAUUCAUCAAGUGAGUGCUCAGACGCUGGAGCUUCUAGUACCAAGAAACGGAAACAACCACAUAAGCGCAAGAAAAAAUCCAGGAAAAAGUCUCUCAAAAAACCUGCUUCGAUCAUGGAAGCAGAAAAUGACACUUCACAGUCAGACGAUUCAGCAUCCAGCAGCUCUGAGGAGAGUGAGGAAAGAGACACUAAGAAGGCCAAAAGGAAAAGUGGGGAUAAAGUCCAUAUUCCUGUAGCUAACAAUGAAAUACAGCGGAGGACAAACAAACGCACAAAUUGGAAAGUGGCUACAGAUGAAAGGUCUGCUGAGAGCUCAGAGGAUGACUAAAUGGGAAAGAAAUUGUUUCUCAAGUGACUGGAGAUUGACAGCACUCAAUGCCUUGGGGUUUUGCCAGUGACUCAUUCACUGCAGAGGGUCAGAGCUGUUUUGUGCCAUCUGUAUGUGUUCUGACAGCCUUCUUGUCUUCCAUUUAAGCCUGUUAAACCUGAUCCCCACUUGUUAGUGGAGAAUCUGGUAUUAUGUUACGAAGGCUUCUUGAAGAGAUUAUUUUUUGGUGAUUAAUUACCUAUAGUAUAGAGAAUAUAUAUCCCAAACUAAUAGAAAGCUGAACCUAAUGAUGGCCUGUAUACACAUGAGAAUGUUGAAUUUGGAGAAACGAAUGGCUGGGAUCAGGAGGUGGAUUGGAGCCAUCAGUGAAUAGAACAGAAUGAUGGGAACACAGCAGGUUUCACAGCUGACCUGUUUUCAUGCUAGGUGCUUUGAUCCUUAUGUUUUGACCCUACAGUUGUGGUCCAGUUUAUUUAAUGAAGAAACUGGCCUAGGAACAUACCUUUUCCCUUUGUGGUAACAUUCAUUGACUUGUUGCUAGAAGGGACUAGGAUUUUCUCAAAUUUCCCUGCUGGACGGGGUCAAGAGCUAGUUAAUAUACCCCACUCCCCAAACACGGUAAUUGGGUGGUAAGUAGUUUUCUAGUUACAUUGCUCUAUGUUGUUUAAAUGGAUGUGUGUUUGCGACUAUUACUUCAGUUGUAGAAAGUGAGAAAGCAUUAGGAACAUCUGUCUAACGCUGUCCUGAACAGGAUUCGGGGCAGCAAGUGCCAUUUGAAUGUUAUCUUCCUUGUUUAUUUCUAAAUUUUAUUACUGAUUUUAAAGAUUCCCCUGAAACUAAGUUAAUCAUUUAAAAAUGGAAACAGGCUUCUCGGGGACAUUACCAUUUCUUCCAGUCUGCCGUUAGAGUUUAAGCACCAAGCAGAGGCCACAUCAUUUCCCCUUGCUGUACUGUUGACCCCUACUGUGUUAAUUCCUAAACCAGGCUACCCCUGAGAAGGCUGGCAGAACACACGUGAAACUUUGGUGAAGGGCGAAAACAUCAAAUGACCUUCACUGUUGUUUAUCUCUGGCUGUCACUUAAUGGGCUGAGUAAAAAAUCUUGCAAACUC